AUGCGACGUAGUAUUUUUAAUACUCCAUUAACCUUAUUCAAAAAAACAAAAUUAGAGUUGGUCAAAUCAAAUCAUAUUAUUUAUUUUGUUGAAGGAACAACAGAAAAUGGAACAAUUGUUUUAAAGUCUCAAUUAUUACCAAUUCAAAAUAUAAACCCAUUAACAUUGUCUGGAUUGAAAUAUAUUUCUUCUUUUAAUACUUUCUAUAGUCAAGCAACACCAUUCAUUAAGUAUGUCUUUGGAAUUCUUUCUCAA